AUGACGAUGAUGAUCUCAUGGCAUAACCGGAAUAUAGCACGUUGGAGCACUAUUCCAAUUUCGUUGCAGUCCCUCCCUUCACGUACUAAGACCUCAACGGGAAUUCGAAUUUGGAUCUUAAUCUUCACUUCGUUCUUCGAUCUUGCCAACCAGCGAGUUCGAGUUUCAAUAAUGAUGGAGAAGGCAGAUUCUGUGCAGAAGCUGUAUACGCGCAUGCGGCUUUGGGAAUUUCCGGAUCAGUUUGUGAUUGAGCCUACGGAUGGAUCUUCCGGUUCUUCUUUGACUGUUAGUCGAGUCGAUGGCUCCAUGAAGCUCAUUGAUGAGGUUCCAGAAUGCAGCUCGCUUCGAGUUCCUAAGAUAUAUACAAUUUUUGGCGUUGUAGGGAUGUUGAGGCUAUUGGCUGGAUCAUAUUUGCUGGUUAUAACUGAGCGUGAAUCUGUUGGAUCUUACUUGGGGCAUCCAAUUUUCAAAAUUUCUUCAUUGAAGGUUUUUCCAUGUGAUAAUUCUCUUAGAAGCACCCCUGCUGAACAGAAGAAAAUAGAGAUGGAAUUUUCUUCACUGCUUCGUGUUGCUGAGAAAAGCUCUGGUCUGUUUUUCUCAUAUGAAACUAAUUUAACUCUGAGUGCCCAGCGAUUGAACGACUUGGGUGAUGAGUCUAGAUUGCUUCCACUAUGGAGACAGGCAGAGCCUCGAUUCCUAUGGAACAAUUAUAUCUUAGAAGUGCUCAUAGAUAACAAGCUUGAACCGUUCUUGCUCCCUGUAGUCCAGGGCAGCUUUCAUCACUAUCAAGCAGCCAUUGGGAAAGAUAUUAUUGAUGUCACUUUGAUUGCUAGGAGAUGCACAAGAAGAAAUGUUGCACUUGUUUAUGGUUCUCCUUUUGGAACUCGGAUGUGGAGAAGAGGAGCUGAUCCCGAUGGUUAUGUUGCCAAUUUUGUGGAAACAGAACAGAUUAUGCAGUUUAAUGGGUAUACUGCUUCAUUUGUUCAGGUCCGUGGUUCAAUCCCACUCCUCUGGCAGCAAAUUGUUGACUUAACUUAUAAACCAAAGUUUGAGUUGUUGAAACUUGAGGAAGCUCCACGAGUCCUAGAGAGGCAUUUCUUAGAUUUAAGGAAAAAAUAUGGGGCAGUAUUGGCUAUUGAUCUUGUUAACAAGCAUGGAGGAGAAGGGCGACUGUGUGAAAAAUUUGGUGCUACAGCGCAGCAUGUGGCUAGCAAUGAUGUAAGAUAUCUGCACUUUGACUUUCACCACGUGUGUGGGCACGUUCAUUUUGAGCGUCUCUCCAUCCUUUAUGAACAAAUUUCAGAUUUUAUGGAGAGAAACGGAUAUCUUCUACUGAAUGAAAAGGGAGAGAAAAUGAAGGAACAACUUGGAGUUGUAAGGACUAAUUGUAUUGAUUGUCUAGACCGUACGAAUGUAACACAGAGUAUGAUAGGUCGAAAUAUGUUGGAAUAUCAGCUUAGAAGGCUUGGUGUCUUUGGUGCUGAAGAAACCAUUAGUUCACAUCCAAAUCUGGAUGAAAGGUUUAAGAUCCUGUGGGCUAAUCAUGGUGAUGAUAUAAGUGUUCAAUACUCAGGAACUCCUGCUCUUAAAGGAGACUUUGUUAGAUUUGGGCACCGCACAGUUCAAGGGAUAGUACAAGAUGGCUGCAAUGCCCUUCUACGUUAUUAUUACAAUAACUUUCGUGAUGGAACAAAGCAGGAUGCAAUUGAUCUCCUACAAGGACAUUAUAUAGUUUCUGUCAGCCGAGAUACAGCUGCCACUUCUCAGAAAGGAGGCCUUGAAGCUAUAGCUUCAUUUCCUCUGGCUUUCGCUCUGGUUUUGACUGGAUUCGUCUUUGCAACCAUGUCCUUGCGACAAGUGCGAUAUGAUUUUCGGCACUUCUUCUUUUCGCUAAUGUGGGCGGGCAUUAGUGUCGGUAUAGCAGCAUUCGUGAGGGCGAAUGGCCGUGUUUUCUGCAACAGACCUCGCCUACACAAUCCCCGGUGA